AUGAGCGAUGGGAGGAAAGCCUGCAACUCCUCCGUCGCACCAAUCUUGAGGCAAAAGACAGAACAAAAACAGGCGCCAUCUUUGGAACCCUCACUGUCGGACUCUGAAUCCGAAAUGAGCAGUCAGGCAAACUCUGAGAGAACAGAGGCCCAGCUGACCCCACGGGAUAUGCGUGGAUUCAUGGCCGACUUCAAAAAAUCUGUGGCCGAAGAACUUGACAAACGGCUAUGCCCGAUCAUGGAAGGCAUGGCGGACCUCUCAGCCCGCGCACAGGCCACAGAGACCAAAAUGGCGGAGACAGUGGAAAUGGUAUAUGCCCAUGGCAGCGAACUGCAACACUUACGUGAACAACUACCCUCCCUCAAAGAUACCAACAAAGAUCUCAACAACAGAACACGGAGGAAUAACGUCAGAGUGAGGGGCAUACCGGAAUCAAUCUCUACAGAUCUCCUCACUGAUACCCUCAAAACCUUUCAAAACCUCCUACCGGAGUUUACAGCCGCCGACCUCUUGAUGAAUCGGGCACACCGAGCACUGAGGGCCCCAAGCACCAAUGCAGCCACCCCCAGGGACAUCGCCGUACGCCUCCACUUUUAUCAUAUUAAGGAGCGCAUAAAGUGGAAGGAGUGCCAGUCUAACUGUUUCAAGACUUGGCACCGACCAUUCUGAAAAGAAGGAGAGAACUGCGCCCACUCACACAACAUCUCAGCCAAUCAAUAUGGCCUCCGGUAUGCAUGGGGCCAUCACUUCAAAAUAAUUAUCCCCAAAGAUGGCAGGUUCCACUCCCUCACGUGCCCCGACGAAAUUCACACUCUCCUGGACCAGAUGGGCCUACCGCAGAUCCCCGAGACACUGCACUCCAACGUCGACUCCACUUCACAACAGACGCCAAGGAACAACCUGCCAGCCAGAAAUGGUGACCUCCAGCACCGGACACGGCACCGCAAAGGCCGGACACCGCACACCACUGAAGAAGGAUAAACAGCGCAGCAGGACUAGCCACCCGACGUGA